AUGGGAAGUGUGGGCCGUCCCUUCAUCUAUCCCAGCCCCGUGUGCGGCUCUGGACGCCACAUCCUACUCCUCAAGUGUAAGCUGGAGUUCCAGGCGUGCACAUCAGGGAAGAGCAUCGGUCUGAAGUGUGAGGGACCGUGCCCAUGUCUGCCUGGUCAGGAACUGGUCAAACCACACAGAGACAAGGCAGAGAAGACCGUCUGCAGUGAUGGGGACCUGCAUAGCCUAGCAUCCAGACUGAAGGACUGGUUCGGAGUUCUCCACCUCGACGCCAACCGAGACCUCAAAUCCUCCGCCAACUCUGAUUCAGCGGCAGGACGUUUUGACACCAGUAUCCUGCCCAUCUGUAAGGACUCUCUGGGUUGGAUGUUCAACAAGCUGGACAUGAACUACGACCUUCUGCUGGACCAAUCAGAGCUCAGUGCCAUCUACCUGGAUAAGUAUGAGCUGUGUAUGAAGCCCCUGUUCAACUCCUGCGACUCCUUCAAGGACGGGAAACUGUCCAACAACGAGUGGUGCUACUGCUUCCAGAAACCUGACGGUCUGCCCUGCCAGAAUGAGAUGAACAGGAUUCAGACUCAGGGUCGACGGAAGAGUCUCAUAGGGGCCUAUAUUCCACGCUGUUCUGAGGAGGGUUACUUUAAGUCAACCCAGUGUCAUGGCAGUACUGGACAGUGUUGGUGUGUGGACAAAUACGGCAACGAGAUCGCCGGCUCCAGAAAACAGGGCAACCCCACCUGUGAGGAGGACCAAGAGACAUCGGGGGAUUUUGGCAGCGGGGGUGGCGUCCUUCUCCUUGACGACCAGGAGGAGGAGCCACCUCGGAGUGGGAGGAGCCGGCAGAAGCAGAGGCGGGGCCGGAUCCAUCCCAGAGGGGCCAUCGAGGAUGACGAGGACGAGGAAGAUGACAAAGAUGACGAGAUUGGCUACGUCUGGUAGCUCUGCCAUCCACCUGCUCUCCCAUCAACCAACCAGGGACUCCCGUUAACUCUGCACAGACCUGAAGCCAUUCCAGCAUCUCCUUCGUCCCACCCCCUACCCCUCAGCAUCAGUCCAUGUCCAACUGACUUUUCCUUCCUCUUGUUCAUACCUUCAUUGAAGCUUUCUCUUCGUUAAUCCCGUCCUACUCAACCUUCAUAUAACGUGUCCACCUCCUACUCUCCUUCAGAUAAUGGAGACCUAUUAAAUUCAAACAAAGACUAUUUUAUUGUGUUUCCCUCUGCUUCAACUGUCCCCAAACCCUUCAAUAUUUGACUGACACCGAUUGCUAUAGCCUCGUUCUCUCUCUCUUGCUCGCUCAUCUCCCCUUUCUCUCUCUUUAUCUGCCUGUGUUUCUGGGAGUUUUGUGUCUGUCUUUGAGGCCAUAGACACAUUGAUGUAAAUACAUUCACAAGAGGAAGGCGAGAUUCUACAGUAUGUUCCGUUCCCUGGCCCUUCUGUCAGAGGCUGUUCUCCUGUUUGUGUUCCACUCGCGUCCUCCCUCCUCAUGUUCUAGAAUACCAUAUUCUCGGGUUCCAGAAUACUCUAAAGGCUCUUUGCUUGAGAAUAUUGUUCUGGCUGUUAUUGAAUGUUCCAGGAUGUCCUAGAAUCAGCAAGAGUGAUUGUGUUUUUUUUGCAUGUUCCCCUACUACGCCCCUGCUGAAGACAUGUUUGGGUAGCCAGAUAUGUAACCCAGAGUAUACACAUUUAGUUUGGUUUAUUUGGUGACAAUGCCCACAUUCGCUGCUGCAGCGCUCUCUUUCUCUUAUUACCGUGCAAACCUCCUCUAAUGUAGCUUUUAGAAGUUUAAAACUACGUUGUGAGCCACUAACUGAAUAGCAACCUCUGUCUUCAGCUUGAAAGUUCAAAACAUAUAUAUUGUUUUUCCAUUAAUUUGAUGAUUUUUUUUUUUUUAAACAGUUUUGUACUUUGGUUCAGGUGGAGACGAGCACUUUGUCUGUGGAAUUUCAGAUCAGAGAAAUCCUACAAAGUACCCAGGCGCCAUUACUCUGACCUUUUUCAAACCUCCACAAACCAGCCUGCAGCUUUUGAGACGGACAAAUAUAUUUUUCUUUCAUUUUAACGGUAUGCUUUGAUUUUUUUGUUACUAAAAGCAGCAGGAGUUUAAAAAUAAUGUUUUACCAUGAUAGUUUUGUUUGUCGUAGAGUUUGAUUUCUGUAGCCAUUGGCUUGUAUUGUUGACAUAAUAAGUUAAAUAUUCUAGCUAUAGUAUAGCUUCUAUUUUAAAUUAGUUCCUGCUUUAUUUCAGAAUAUUUCGGGUUGCAGUCAAGUGAGGUCAGUUAUCGUAAUGUAUCUACCCCACAAACCCAGAUGAGAUAGGCGUAACCCAUAAGACGGGCUUAUGAACAGUUAUAAGCGUUACACUGGUACAGUAUAAGCACACCCACACAAUGCUUAGUGACAUUUCACUUUGAUAAUGACAGGCCUUUGAUUGUUGUACGCAUAUAUUCACAGGUCUGAGCCGGGCACUAUAUGCUUCAUUGGGCUUGUGAUGCAGCGUAAUGAUACAUUGCUUUUGCGUGCUUCGGCCAGUGGGAAGCGAUCUUGAACAGAUUUUUUAUUCACGUGUGAGAGUCUUUUGUGAUUGACACUUUGGUCCACAUAGCACAAACAACAGCUCUACAGAAUAGACGUCUGAGCUCUUCUACUCUUCAGCAACACUGAUGUUUUCCAAGUGUAGUUCCAGGCAGGCACACAGCUAAUUAGAAAACAGUCUAUCACGACCAAACCCUGCUUGCUCACUUUACAAAUCUCACUCUCUCGCUCUCUUCCUCUGCUACCUCUCUCACAGCCUCUCACUCCCCCCUCCCUCUCUCUCUCUCGCACAUCUUUACUUUCUUUCUGUCACUCGCUUAUUUUCCCUCUUUCUCUCGCUCCCUCUCCCCUCUCUCUCACUAUCUCUCUCUGCGCUCUGUUUUUCACGCUGGUGGAAUGCAUGAGUGAGUUUUACAGCCGUGGCGCUCCUCUCGCUCCUCUCAUUCAUCUAAUUUCCCUUAUUUUGGUUUUUAUAGUUCGGAGUCGACACCCGUUGAGUCGGCCUUUCAUCUCAUUCUUCUCCCAGAGGAGCCUGGGAAAUCUGGGGACAGGAAGAGGAACUCAGGGGAUGAAAGUGAUGCUUUUGGGUUCGGGGCUUUUUUUUCUCCUUCCCUCAAAUCUCUCUCCCUUUCUCUAAUCCCCAUCCUCCAUUUUUGGUCUCUGUCCUUAUUGCGCUCCCUUUUCUCCCUUCUUCAGUCCACUCCUUAUCCCUUUCUCUCAUGCCCACGCUCAUAUACAGUAUAUCUGUGUAUUUACUAAAAACUGAUGGGUGAUUUCUCCCUCUGUCCAUUAAUCAAUCGGUUGGUCCUUUCAGAUCACAACAUUAACUCAUCUAGUCACAACUGAUCACUGCAUCACAGUGACCUCUGACCCUGAUAUUGAUUGGUUGUUUGUUUAUCACGUCAAUAGCAUGCAUGAUGACCCUUUUGUGUUUUGUCCCUUUGCAUCUUCAACUUGACCUUGUGUUGUAAGUCAGCCAGAGAGACA